UUGAUGCGCGCGUUCCGUUCCGCUAAGAAUUUCCGUUUAAUGGGACACCGGACUGAGGCUUCUCUCUGAUCGCGUAAAAAUAGCGGGUCUACGGGAUUAUUAGACCCGUUACUGUUGAUUCAUUGAAUUUGUUCGAUGUUGAAAAUUUGCAUGAUAAAUUUGAAUUAUAUUAGACUAUAGUUUUAAUUAACAAAACGUUUAAAAUGUAAUGAAUGUUAUAUUGAUUUUUGGACAAAGAUUAGCCGAUUAUCAAAUGUCACAUGUAUCUUUAUCGAUUCAGGCGGCUGUAGGUUAGGUUGCAGUGUUAUUGUUUACAUCAGUCGUCAAUAAGUUACCACGAUGUUACAACAAUGGGAAUCGGUGGACAAGAAAAUCAGGAAAAACGUGCUAAAGUCAGGCGUAUUUACCAAGAAACCAACCGAAUACUCCACAUGUAACGUUCUCGUGGAAAACAUAAAUGUUAUGGGAAUAUCGGAAGAUGUACUAAAAGAAAAAUAUCAUACAAACAUUCUUAACAAUGAGGGUGAGAAAGUGCUAGUUAUAGGCGAAGCAAGCGCAGAAAUUGACCGAAAAGUCGAGAGAGCGAUUGAGAUGAUGAAUAUCUUCGAGAAGAGUCUGAUUACUAUUACUAUGCCAUCACAGUCAGAAGUUAAAAAUGAAUAUGUGCCAGUUAAGUUUGAGAUAACAUUGAUUAAAUGUGAGAGACACAAGCCAAUCUGGGAAUGGAGUCCAGAGGAAAAGUAUAACAUAGCUUUGAAGUAUAAAGAGAUAGGCGUUGAGUUGUUCAAAAGCUCCAGAUUUGUCGAUGCGUUUCACAAAUUCAGCAGGUCAUGUAAAAUCCUGAUAACAUUGGAGCCAAUGUCAGAGUUAGAAUUGGACAAGCAGUCAGAGAGUAAUAUUAAUAAUUUAAGACUCACAUUGUACAACAAUAUGGCUAGAUGCCAGUUGAAUCAAAAGAACUUUGAGCAUACAGUUACUCUGUGCACUAAAGUACUGAACAAGGAUAAGAACAAUGUUAAAGCUUUGUACAGAAGAGGAAUAGCAUAUGGAAGUAUGAAGGAUAAUGAAAAAGCAGUGGCAGAUUUAAAAGCAGCACUUACCUUAGAGCCUAAUAAUCACACAGUGAAAGAACAGUUUCACUUUUAUAACACUAGAUUACAGGAAGCGACUCAAAAAUGCAACGAUAUGGUAAGAAAAAUGUUUAAGUCUUGAUUGGUAAACUUCUCAAGUACUAUAUUUUACUAUAAGUUGAAAUACGUUCGUUUAUUUAAGAAAGAGAAAUAAAGUACAUUUAUUUUAUAAAUAAAAAAAUAU